GAAACGUCGAAGUUCUCUUUGUAUUUUUGAGGUAGUUGUAUCCCUAUCAACGAAAGCUUGUUAUCAUUGGCACUACCCACACUGGCACAGAUCAGUCAAGAUUACAGUGUUACAACUCCAGGUCAGAGCGCUCCAGUCUUUGCAUUGUUCUAUGCUGAUUAUGACGUAUCUGCGGUCAAUGAAACUACGGAGUUUGAUAGGGCAGUCAAAGAGUUUACAAGGGCAGAGAAGAGACGAGAUCGCUAGAGUAAAGAUCAGAAUAUCAAGCAGUAAAGAGUUGACAUCUCGGAGACGAGCCUCGGAGGUAUAAAGCAUUGUUUCUGAGUAUUGUUUGCUUCACAGGAUGUGGUUAAUAAAACGCACACUAGGUGGCACAACGUGAACUAAGCAGUAUUCUGCUGUGGUAUUUUACGCACAUUCAAGUAUAUAAGUGAGAACACAGUUUGACGUCUUGGCUGACAACCCUUGCGAGCGUAUAAAGAGCAGGAAUCACACUAAACUAUUACACUCAAGUCAGAACCUGAGACAGGCAAGUCUGUGAAGCAAACACAAAGAUUUAGAAAGCUUGAAAUUCUCAACGAUGUGGUCAUUAGCGCUGUAUGUUCUCCUAGCAGCCUCGACAGCAAUGUCAAAUAAUUUUUAUGGAGAUUUUUAUGAAGGGUAUGUAGUCCUAAUCAUACUUUUAUGUGAUAAGUUUAUGGAGUAUUUAAAUCAAUUCUUAUUCUGGUAGUCGAUAUAGUUGUAACCUCACAUAGUAGAAAAAUCUAUUGAAGUAGCAUCGUUUAUUAUAAGAUAAAUUAUAAUAUAACCGAGAAAAAAAUCUGUAGUCUAAAACUGGCAUGGGAUUUUUAGAUUUUUAACAAAAAGACAAGUAAGUCUAUCUCUUCUGUUUAUUGAUACAAUUAGAGUUUGCGGUUUUUACUAAGUAGGACGGAAAAGGAUGGUCGUUAAUACUGUAAUUCAAGUAGAUGUAUGAAUUGAAGCCUUGUAUAGUACGGAGAUAAGAUUAGGAUAAAAAGACAGCUUUUAACAAAGAACAAAUAACUUAUUGAAAGUGUCUUUCAACUGAACACAAAAUCCUAUUUUUUCACUCUGAACACAUCAGGUGUAGAAGUGUAACAAACUUUAAUCUUCUUAUAUUUAAGGAGCUACGAUUUACAGUUAAUUUUGAAAGGAAAUAUUUUAAUCUUUUGGUUGAACGUGCGUGGGGUUGGAAUGAAAUCAUUCUUUUAAUUAGAUAGAAGGAAGGGAGGCAUCUCAGAUAUACAUCUGUUACUCGCCAGAAAGAAUACAGAUAGCACAAAUAUUCGUUACUAAGCAUUUGUGCAAUUAAGACGGUGACAGAAAAUUGCCAAAAUAUUUUUUAUCCAAAUAAGGAGGAGAGUGCCUUUAUAUGGCUUGCAGCCUCUUCCAAAGAUGGAGUAAUUUACGAAAUGUCGCGAGCCUCAUAUUGCGUUUACAUACACAACGAUAUAAACAAAACAUUAAACCGAGUGGUUUAAGUAUUUAGAAUAAUCGUAAGCCUAUUACAACACUUGAGAAUAUAAAUCUAGAGCGAAAGUUGAUAGUUUAGAGAUGAAUCACAAACGUAUAAAGCAUUAGGUAUAGAAGACUUCGUUCACAUUUGAAGAACAACAUUGAUAAAACUAAGAUAGUAUGAUAAAAAUUUCAAUAAAAUUUGUCUAAAACUAUCCAUGGAUUCAGUUUCGAUUUGAAGAAGGAAUUUUCAUUAUUCUUCAAGGAGUUCCUCGUUAUCGCUGAUCCAUGUAAUCCGAUGAAAAAUGUCCGUUUGUCUUUCACAAUUGAAAAGAACGACUUGAAAAUGUAGGCUAUUACGCCUUCAGAACGAUAUAAAUAUAAGGAAAGGGACAUAGAGAAAAAGGAAGACAUUUUGCGACGUCAUUAUACACAUGAGUGUUUUUCAGAAAGAUCUAAACUAGAACGCCCUGAAGAGAUGUCACGUUGUAGUAACGCUGUAUGAUUUCACUGAACGUCAACGCUCACGGGAGUUUAAGCUCUCGUUAAAUCUGUUAAUCUCAUAAAACGUUUAGUAACUUUAUCCAUGUACGCGCUUUUUGAAAAGGAACUACAGAUGAGAGGUGUGGAGUAUUGAACGGCACUACGACACGCGCAGUAGAAGUUUAUGAGCUCUCGUUAUUUUUUUAAAUUUCAUGAACUGUUGGUAACUUAACUUCAUCCAUGUAAGCACUUUUCUGAACUUUAACGUCCUGAUUACGCAAAGAUGAGUAUUUCAAACAACAGCGGUUUCAUUGAACGGCCUUACGCCAACGCACAGAAACAGGUUAUAAGCUCUCAUUAAAUUUAUCAUCUCUUAAAACCAGUUAACUUCAUUUCGCACAACCAGAAGUGACUUUAACGCCCUGGCCGUACAAGAACAAAUGAGACGAGUGUUUCAACCAACAGCACAAGCUCUCCGUAGAUCUUUUAAUAUCUUAAAAUUUAACUGCGCAAAGAACUUUCGAGCCCUGAUCAUGACAAACGAGAGACGAAAAAGGGUUUGGCAUUCAUGGGCAGUAUCAUUAAAAUCACUUGCACUUAAAUUGAGCUGGCUUAAAAUUUGUAAGAGGAAAACUGAGGAAUUAAGUUCAUUUGAUGAGUCACAAGAGUUGCACAAGAUCGUUUUAUCUUUAAAUUGAAGGAACGGCAUACAAUCGUGACAAGGAAAGCCCUGCAGGCAAAAUUUAAUCUUUCACAUCAUCAUGAAUUGAAGAACAAUCAACAUAUCGUGCCAACAUUAUUAACACGCAGUUUUGCGUUAAGUGGUUUCGCUCUAAGCUUGCGUUAAUUCCGGGUGUGAACACGGAACGGACGUCAAUCUGCGGUUCCUUGUAAAAAUAUUCCGGAAAAUGUUUGAGAGAAAUAUUAUAAAAUGGGUGAUCAUGAAAACUUAAGAUUGUUAGGUAACUGUAAUGUGAAGCUUUUGUUUGACAUUAAUCUUAUAUUUUAAAAAUAUUCCAGCUUGUUGAACUUCAGUUCAUGAUGUCACAUACACAGUUUGUGAAUCUCAGUGACGUAUUCUCUGCUUGUUUCAUGGUUGUUUGUGAGACGUGUUUACAAAUUACCACAAAAAAUUAUCAUUGUCAGUAAACAGAUGAUAUGAAAUCUUAAGUGUUUUGUUUACAGAUUGCUCUUAUAACGUAUUUAGCUACUGUGAUUGAGUUAAUACAAGUAAACAUGCAGUUAAUCUGAUUUUAAGUUUGGAAAAUCUAAUUUGAAGUGAAGUGCAAACACUAGCAUAUGUGUUCGAAGCAGACUUCUGCUUUGUCUUGGAUUUAUGACAACGCUUUAUGGAAAUAUUCAAGGUGUUGGUUUAAUAUCUGAGAAAAGUGAAGAAAACUCUUUCUGGAAACGUUAUAACUCUAUCUCUUUGAAAACACCUCCCCUCGACUUAUAUUAUUUCGCUACAAAACAGUUCUACUGCCGACUCUAUAUAUGGUUGGUUAUACAUCUUUGAAGUUCGUGACUGUCCGUUGAACAGUGACGUGUCACUUAUUAGCGAAAGAUAAGAACUUGAGAUAGUCAGAUAGACAAUCACCCAACAGAAAUAUUGCGAAAUAAGACGGCAUGAUUACAAACUUAAUUCUUUAAAAACUCAUUAAUUUACUGGUUCUAAUCUGUUGUAGUUUGUAUAAGGACAGGAAAUUGAUCUCAUUAUAAAAUUGAACCAUUGUAUAGGCUGUUUCCUGAGAUUAAUGUACUUUUCUAAAAUGUUCCUUUUUCAAUUUAAUAUUAAUUGCUACAUCUCAUAUCCAAAUUGUUUCAAAGUUGCCAUCGUGAUAAAGCGUAGAGCAAACGAAGAAACUCAGCGGAUAUUCUGCAAGAGUAACAAUUUGACUGCAUUCCGUUCACUUUAAUCCAAUUUGUGGUUGUAUCAGCAAUGAAUAUCGUAAGUAUAAAACAAAUAACUGUUUCAUUAAGUUUUGCAACAAUUUUAUGACAGUAACAAUUUCAUUGCAUUCUUUAUUUUAAUCCAAUUAGUGCAAAUGUAUAGACUAUAGUAUUCGUAAUAAUACAAAAGAACUAUUUCAUUAUAAGCUAAAAGUUCUACAACAAUUUUAUGACAGUAACAAUUUCAUAGCAUUCUUCAUUCUAAUCCAAUCAAUGGUUAUAAUUUGCAUGAUUUCUCAUGAAUGGUAGUUAUAGGGCCGAUGUAUGCAUGGCUAUAGUGUAAGACAAAUACAACUUUCAUUAAUCUAUAAGGUAGAAAAUCUUGCAAGAAUUUUGAAGACAGAAAAAAUUUCUUCACAUUCCUUAAUUAUGGUUGUAUUGCCAAGGUAGAGCAUUUGUAUCGUCACAUUCCUUAAUUAUGGUUGUAUUAGAGCAUUUGUAUAAUGCAAAUAAUCUAGAAAGCCGAAAUUUUAAAAAACGUUGCGACAGUAACAAUUUUCUCAACUGAAUUCCUUCACUUAAUCCAAUCAAUGGUUCUUGUAUGUGACCAAUGUAUAGAACUUCCUGAUUAACUCGGAGAUGAACAAAGCAGUUGUUCCUUCAAACAAAAGACACAUAACGAUAUCAUCACAGCUCACAAAAGGCGUUAUCAUUUCCAACUUCCAACAGAGUUUGUGUAAUUAGAAAAAGAUUACAGCGUCAGAUAAGUCGUGUUUUAAUAAGACUUCUCUCUCCAAGCCCUGUGAGAACCGCUGAGUUCUCUACCGUGAGGUUUUAUUGACGGAAUUACGCCCCGAUUUAACUAAUAAAGAUUGACUCUGUCUAGGCCUAGACGUAUUGGUUACAAAUCAUUAUUACUGCCAAAAUCAAGAAUUAACGACUGAGUUGUCUACACGAUGAUUUUAUUGAAAAUACAUAUACGCUUUGUUUUAACUCUGUCUACGUAUGUUUACGAAUUCAACCUAUUGCUUACUAUUUUGAAUAAGCCACUCAAUGACGUGCAGAAAAGAUGCAUAUGGUAAAAAUGUGUAAAAGUAAAAUUAAAAAAUGGAAACUACGCUGCAAAGUUGAUGUAUUCUUGAUAAACCCACGCAGACUGCAUACCAAACCUCGAUGGAAUGCCGUGUUCCAUUAUUUUCUUGCUAUCUCAAAAAUUAAGCUGCAUGCCUGAUGUCCUAUCUAAGCCGGUUCGAGCACAUCUGGUUUAAGGCUAUAUAGUUAAUAAAACAGCAUGUAUUUGCCCUAAACAGCAAGAGUCUAAAUCGUGGUCAUGGUAAAAUGUAAGCACCCGUGGUACUGUGGUAGUCAUGUAAGUGUUUCCCCUUACCGACCUAACAGUUUGCCUUCAAGCAAAUUCUAUAAGAUGGCGGUCGCAUUUGUUACUGAUCCACCUGUAGUGUUCGGAAUGAUUGAAUCUUAAUUACUUGCUUAUAUAACUCAUUACAAGUGAAUUGCAACCCAGCAGCAUGUUGGAAUAAUCAUUGAGAAAUCACACUUUGUCACAUUCAUAUGAAACUCAUUCAUGCCUUCAUUUACAUGCCUUCAUGUCUAUGAAUUAAGUUGUCCUCGAUAAAAUACUUUCUGUGUGCAGUUCAAGGACUAACAGAGGUUUGUUCAUACGGCCCAGCUAACCAGGAACUCACUGAGACUGAAUCGGAGAUCUGCAUACCCUGAGUGUGAUCUGCAUGUCCUUUGUUAACGCGUAUAAAAUUCAAUUUGUGUCCAAAUGAGAAACGAGCCCAGCUAUACGGGUGGGAUUUCAGUCAAAUGGGAUAUAAUUUUCCAUAUGAUCGAUUUUGACCAAUAAUAUAGUAUUGAACAGCACAGUUGGCUAACACAAACAAAAAAUAAACAUUAAUAUAUCUAAACAGACACUAUUAAAGUCGUUUAAUUACAACAAAAAAUCUUUCGAGGAUGCCAUGUCCAUGUCGAGAAAGAUCGUGACUCAAACUUUACGACAGUUACAAUCAUAUGGAAACCUGGUUUCAGGUAGGAUAAAAACAGUCGUAUCAACACAGAAAUAAUUCAUCUGGCAAACUGGGCUCGGCAUAUGAUGAACAGGCCCUAAAUCCUAAUUUUCAUGCCCUGAAUCCUGACGUUUCGUGAAAAUCCUAAAAUAUCACUCGUUCAGGGUGUAGUAUGUUAGUCACCGGUAUGGAUGACGUCAUAACAUUGCGGCUCCAAAACAUGGUGACGUCUGUCUCGAGAUUACUUUGAAAACGAACAAUUUAUGAUUGAACUGUCUAACAGUAUACAACAUAAAUUAUGACUAACAAUCUCAAGCCGAACUACUGAGAAAUCGUUUGGUAUUAAAUAAGCAGUUUUCAAACUCUCUUUUCAAACUAGGUAAAAGCUAUAGUACCGGAAUUUUUAGAAAAGCUGCAGUCCUUCUAUUCUUCGUACGCUAUUUAGAGAUGUCACACAUGAAGGAUUGGUAGAACUAUGAUACAAACUUCUAUACAUUUUUACACAUGCAUGCACAGGUCUCGAUUAUCUCUGUGUGAGGCAAUUGGUCUGGUAUGAAUGUCAUUAAGUAUGUUAAAUUAACUGAUCACGAUCGAAUCAACACGUCCUUCAUAAUCACAAAGAUAUCGGCCAAAAUCAAUACGAUAUUCCCCCAGCUGUUUGGAAUAAUAUUCCUGUCUGCAACUGCAUCCAUGUACCACUGCAUGAUAAAGUUAAUUGGCUGACUAAACCGAUGUGAUGUUUAACUACACUUGUUGCCAAGGUCAGCCAAUGAGACAUAUAUUGAUCGACAGUCCUUAACUUGCCCCAAAAUCCACAAUUUUCACGGUUUUUGAAAACAUCGAUUUGGUCAGUUUUGUAUGUUUGACUGCCCGUGUCGAAAACUACCCAAUACUGUGCAACUGUUGCUAUUUCAUUACACAUGCCUAUUGCAUGAGUACGGUUGUGAAAUAUUUUAUCAUAAUCUUUGAUCACAUGUCUCAAUGAAAAUAGAUUUGGACCAUAUUUACACACCGCAGUGAAUUUUGUGAAAUCAUCUCGUAUCAUUUAGUGUCUGCCUGUCAUGUAGACCUAUCGUUAUGGUAUCAAGCUGUCUUGCCGGUGAUUAGGCCAGAACUCUAGACUUAAGGCGAUCAGACUUUAGAACACUUUCGCCUGUCUAAGAACGAAAUAGAUUAUAUGAUAAAAAUCAAGUUUUGAUCGCAGAACAAGACUAAAUAUAGUCCUACUGGUUGUCAGUGUCACUAUGCAUGAGAAAAAAUAUCUGAAAUUUAAAACAAGGGGAAUUCACGAAGCCCAGUGAUAGUGAACAAGGACACGCCAACCUUAAGCAUUCGCUUGCAUGUAUUUAUAUCUCCUCCUAGUGUAGUAUAAUACUGUUUUAGAAGUAUUUCAUUAAAGUAUUAAAGCAGUGAAUAAUAUAUGAAGUAUUAAAAAUCCUCUCGUCUUUUUCAGAGAUCAAGUAAUUCGUGUGCGACCCGAUACGGAAAGUAAAGUCCAAGAUAUCAUGCGAAUUCACAAAGUCCCAGGAUUGAAAAGGGUGAGUGAACGUACUCAAAUGAAUUAUACAAGAUAUUUCUGAAACAGUUUGUAAACUUGACUCACGUUGUGAAAAAAAAAACAAAAAAGGAAGGAGUCACUUUCUUAGAGAAAAACUUGAAAGAAAUUGUAAUAUAUUUCAAAACCAUUUGUAAGCUUGACUCACAAUGUGAAAAGAGGAAGGAGUCAUUUUCAGUCUUAGAAAAAAAACGUGAAAGAAAUUAAAACUGAGAAAAAUAUGGGAAACAUAGAUGGGUAAGUCAGUAUUAAGGGUAGAAGCAAGGAAUGACAAAAAAUAGACUAAAUGAACCGUAAUCGAAAGAACAAAGUCAAAGAUCAGUUUUUAAUAAAAAAGAACCGUAUAUUUAACAUCCGAGCAUGAAUCUGUGUAAACAUGAAUGAAGAUUUCCAAUCAGUGUAAUAAGAAGCUGAUUCAUAAUGUCAAUUUACAGUGCAGGAGUUAACUAGAACACAACACGUCUGUAUGCAAUAAGAUCGCAAUGUUUACUUAUGGACCUUGACCAAGUCAAACUCAACUACAACAGUCAAUGCAUCAACGAAUCAUGUUGAGAUCUUAUGUAAUCCUUGCUGGUGUUCAACUAUACCUUAGGGAAGCCACAAAUGCUUAUAUUAAAUAAACCUUAGAAGGGGGCAACAGUGUUUGUUCGAUGCCAUGACAAUAAGCCUCAGAAAGGGGCACUUUUGCCUGUCAUGUAUGAAAGAAUGUAAUUACUUUCAACCCUGAAGCAAGCCAGGCAAAGUUUCAUGCUGCUUUAAAACAAAGUGAAAAUUUCAGCAAUUAGACACAGCCACCUAAAUGUCACAACUUGGGAGAGAUCUCAUACAUCACUGAUCACAGAAAAACAGCAACUUUAUAAGGAAUAACUUACUAAGAGUUCCAGUUAAAAAAUUACUUCAAAGGUAGAGACAUUCGAGCAGUCCCAAAAUAUAUCCCUUUAAUAUCAUGGGGCAGAGGUCCUGGAAUUCAAUUAAGAUUUUUAGUCAUUAUGUAUUUAUGUAGGUACAAUUAUCACAGUAAAUAUAAACUCUUUGCUAUUUGUUGACCAAUUUGAAAUCUGUUUUGCCUUUUGGGAGAAAUUUAAAUAUUGGGAUAAAAAUUUCGGCCAUAACUACGCAAUCUAAAUUAUAAAAAAUCCUACACAAACCCCAGGAAAUUGGGUUUUUUGUUGGAGUGAUAGUUAAUGAAUUAAUAAAACUAUAAUUUAAUUAAAUAACUUUAUCUGUCGCGCACUGUUUUUUAAAUCCAGAGAAAUACAUGCAGUAUAGGAAUACCAGGAGAAAAGUGUGAGAGAGGAAGAACCCAGUCUUCUCACUUGUGAAGUGAAAUUAUAAUCAGACAACUGAUAAAACUGAAUGUUGUGAAACUGAAGCCGUGGUGGCAGAAAUGACAUCACCAGAGCGCUUUGCAUUUUAACUUAGGUAGACAGGUCAAAUUUUUGAAUGGAGCACAAAACGAUCUAACUGGAAAAUUUGGAUCAAAUUAGAACGAGUUCUAUUUUUGCUAGAUUUUUGAGAAACCUGGGCCCGAUCUUUCCAUGAAUACAGAGAUAUAAAUUCUGGUGUGAUCUUUAAAUGGAAAGCGCCCAUGUACUAAUCAUCUGUAAACCAAUGUUACUGAUCAAUAUUUAAUGUUGAAAACAUUCACUUACAGUUGGAUUCUUGGUUGCCCACAUUUCGUCCAAAUCACCCGGCAGAUUUCUACGCGAGGAAAAGCGAACUUCCAAUCAUGAAGGAAUUCCUGCAAAACAGAAGUAUAGACUUUGACGUUUUGGUGAAGAAUGUGACGAAAGCAAUUUUGAGACAGAGGACUUGGAAGAGAAGACAUAGAUAUGACAAGGGGAAAUAUGAAUAUAAGAAAUUCCAUCCUUUAGACGAGGUAAGUUUAAUUGUCAGAAUUUAGGGCAUCAAGAUUCAAAUUCAAGGACUUUUCAAGGAGAUUCAAGGCCAUGUAUCAGCAAAUUCAAGAACUAAAUACUGAAGAAAAGGGGUUAGAAAUCAGUAAAAUCUGACGUCGAAUUGUUCAAACUGACGCAAAUUAAUGAGUUUCAAACGGCUUUGUCAGAUAUGAACAUGAAAAAUCAAUUCAACAAACUGUCCAAUUUGAAUGUCAAACAAUUUGAGAAAAUAUCCAAAAACUACAGCAAGAAAAAUUUAAGGACUUUCAAGUACUUCUUUACAAAUUGAAGGACAUUCAAGGCCUUUCAAGUUGUUUUGUACGAAUCCUCACAGAACUAUGCUUUUAUCUACUUUAAAUCUAGAUCCAUGAAGAGCUCGAUAAAUUGGGCAGUGAAAAUCCAAACAUUACUGAAGUUUUCAGUCUUGGGAAAUCAUACGAGAAACGUGAAAUGAAGGCCAUUAAGGUAACAUUGCAGUAAUGUUCACUGGAAAAGAGAUCUACUGGGCUAAGCAUUAUUUACAUAUACCAAAGGUGAUAAAAAGGUUUAAACAAUAAAAACAUAUUUUCUUCACAGAUAUUUGCCAGAUCGAAAAAGAGCAGAAGAAAGAUUUUCUUUGUUGAAUGUGGGACACACUCGAGAGAAUGGCUUUCUCCAGCCACCUGUAUGUGGUUAAUUAAAACGGUAAGAUGGAUGUAGAAAACUUUUGUUUGCUUCUCAAUACGAUAAAUAGCUAUUGUCCCAAUUAUUUCAAAGAUUUACUAAUAGACCUGAUAUUUUCUGUUCGUCAGAUCAUAAAAGAGCGUAGUUCUAAAGACAUCAAGAAAAGAAGAAUGUGCAACAGAAUUGACUGGGUCAUUGUUCCUGUGAUAAAUGUGGAUGGAUAUGUAUACACUUGGAAAAAGGUAGGUGCAAUUAUCCUUACCAAACCUUCAUAUUCAUAACUACUCCUUUAUAUUUAUAGCUGCUCUUUAUAUCCCUUGCUAUUCCUUCAUAUCCAUAACUACUCUAUCGUACCCACAACUGACCACUAAUAUUCGCAACUACCCAUUAAUAUCCAUGACUAUCCCUCAAUAUCCAUAACUACCUUAGAUACUCAUACCAAACCCCUCAUAUCCAUAACUAUUCUUUCCAGUAUUCAUAACUAACCUAUUGAUACCCAUAGUCAACCCUAUGAACCCUAUCUACUUACAGGAAGGACGAUUCUGGCGAAAAAAUCGAAGACCGAACAACGGCAGUGAAUGCUAUGGUACUGAUCUCAACAGAAACUGGGGCUAUAAAUGGGGAGGUUUGUACAUCUUUUUCUAACUGAACUUUAUUUAUACUGGAUGUGUCAGUUCUAAGCUGUUCUUUCCAGAUGUCCAGUAAACGGUCAUCUCUUAUUUGCUCUGAGUGUUAAUACGGGAAACCCAGGGAGGUGAAAUUAUUGUUACGCAACUGGUUAUGGCCUUAAAUUCUUUAAACGGCGUAUUAAACGUUUUAAAAUCACGAUUUUCUAGGAAACGGAUCAAGUAACGAUCCUUGUACGUCCUCAUAUCGUGGAACUGGUCCGUUCUCAGAAAUUGAAACAAAGAAUGUUGGAAAAUAUUUGUACAAAAAUCGCUGUCAGUUAUUGGGUUAUAUUGGACUGCAUAGUUAUAGUCAAUUCUGGAUGACACCAUGGGGAUACAAGACAGACAAACCUGAGCAUUACACUGAAAUGGUAAGAGUGACGCGUUCAAAGAAACUCUUUCUAGUUUCAAACAUAAUAAGUUGCAACUCUUCUGUUACAAAAAACGAGUGUUUUCAACUCUUCUGUACGUUACAAACAAUGAAUGUUUAUAAGUAGUUUGCAUAAAAAUUCAGUCAUAUGUAUAACUGUGGUAACCAUGGGUAGACAUGUUUGGAAAUUUAGUUGAAUGCAGAGAACAUGAAUUUUUCAUCACAAUUUUCCAUAGAAACGCGUUGCUGACGUUGCAGUGAAAGCAAUCAAAAUGUCGAAAGGAGGAUCGAUUUACGAAGAUCCAGGACCUUCUUCAGAGAUUAUAUGUAAGUCAUUGUUCCUACUGGACAGUUCUACCAGUACUAAACUGUUCCCUUUACUGGUCCAGCGAGGGUUGUUCUUUCUUCAUCCAGCUGGAAAAAACUCCGACUUCGUGGUUUUUUCUACGAUUUUGGCGUAAUAAUUCUUCAUCAAAAUGCUGACGCCAUAGUUCUAGCCAGUGUGGUUAUGAGAGGCAUUCACCCCUAAAAUAUUCAAAAUGGCGGACAUCCAGGGUGAAUGCCUUUUGCAUUUUGAUCAGUGACGAAUCAUUGCAAAUCAUGGCGUGGCAGCGGUUACGCCUUUUUGGCUAAGUCGACCUUCUGUGUGUCUUUAUUCUGUGACCAUAGUGUGCCAUCAGCACCUUCAAAAUUGCUAAUGAAGCAUUUCUCAACAUCAUUACAUUUUCUCCCACAGACAGAAACACAGGCAGUGCAAAGGACUGGACUUAUGCUGUACUCAACGUGCAAUAUUCCUACGGAGUGGAAUUACCACCGCACUUCAAUGACACGCACGGAUUCCUCAUCCCCCCCGAAAAAAUCAAACCCACAGGACAAGAAAUUGCAGCAGCCAUCAAAGGAAUCUCCACUGUUGUUCAUUUGUAUGAAGGACGAAAGUCGUUGAAAAGAGUACAUGACCAUGAAUAUGACUGAAAUAUUUCCGCGAAACUAUUAAAUUCCUAGAAUAGAUACAGUGGCUGCCAGAAAUAGUGUUCACUUGAUACAAGUGUAAAGUGAAAAUAGUAAAAGGCAUAUUAGUGUUUAAUAGUGGAUGAUAUAGAAUGCAUUUUCACUCGGAAUAGAAAGUUGUCAAUAUAAAUGGUUGGAAGAAAAGAAAAAUUUCUUCGAGAGUUUGAAAUAGACGAAAUAGAAGUAUUCUUCAAUUGCUUAAAAUGUAGAAACAAACGUCCUGCAAUUUGAAAUGUGGUCGCUAAUGUAAAAAUUAAAUAUGAAUGAAAUUUGAUAAAAUAUGUUUGUGUGAAUAUAAAUGUGAUAACGUUUGUUAUAUAUAAUCUAUUAAAAGUCUUUACGUGUAUUUAUAUAAGACAAUAAAGUACAACUUUUUACUUUGC